CGGAUAUGGUUCUGAAUAUUUUUGACUUGAAAUGCCCCUGCUGCUACAAGAAAGUGAAGAAACUUCUCUGCAAAUUCCCUCAAAUACGAAAUCAGAUAUUUGACGAGAAACAAAACACGGUCAGCAUAACCGUAGUAUGUUGUAGUCCAGAGGAGAUUCGACACAAGAUAGCCAAAAAAGGAGGAAAAACCAUAAAAAGCGUCGAGAUCAAAGAAUCCCAAAAGCCCAAAGAAAGCGAAAAGCCAAAAUCCGAUGCUAAACCGGACAAGCCACCGAAGGAAGACAACAAGCCCGAUAAGCCUAAAGGAGACGACAAAAAGCCCGAUAAGCCAAAAGGGGACGACAAAAAGCCCGAGAAACCCAAAGGUGAUGACAACAAGCCCGAAAAGCCGAAAGGGGAGGCCAAAGAGGAGUCUAAGCCUAAAGAAAUUCCUCCGGCUGCAAUGAUGAUGACUCAAGUGCCUAUAGGGUACCCUUAUUGUAUGGCACCACCACCAACUUAUUAUGAUGGAGGGUACCCUGGUGAGCCAAGUUAUGGAGGAGGGUAUGUGAGGGCAGUACCGGUAUAUGAUAGUUAUGGUGGAGGGUAUUAUGGUAAUAACCGGCCUUAUGAUUACUUGAAUGAAGAAAACCCUACAGGCUGUACAAUCAUGUGAAAUAAAAUGUAAUAUAUUGGAAGGUGUUAUUUUAAUUAAGUUUAUUAUUAUU